AUGUGGAAUAACGCUGGAAAUAACUUGAUCGUUCCUGGAGAAUUAACUGUUAAUCCGGUGGCCAACGCAAACCCGUUGUUUACGGUUGUUCCAGGAGCAGGAGGAGUUGGAAAAAUCGCUUCUCCUGUAUUUCAGCGAUUCCGAGGUAGUUAAGGUGUCUUUGGUAUCUUUUUUUUCAAAGCCACUUGCCAUUGACAGGUUAAAAUCUACGACACAGUACACAUCACGGCCUUAAUCAGUCGAGGUAAUCUACUUCCUGCGCGGAAGUAAAAGAAUAAUCGCGGCGAACAUCUAUGCACCACUGAAGACGUAGUUGAUCUACAAUACCGCUCUGCUCAAUAACCAACCUGUUGUAUGUAAUAUAUUUCUACUGAGGAAAUGAAAUUCAAGAUUGGACUAUGUGGGCCAAAAAUGCAUCAAUUGUAAACGUUUUUCCCUUUUAAUAAAAUUACGACUUAGAAAAAAAACAGUUUGCAGACAAAUCUGAUCUAUAGGCUAAAAUAACCGGGAAAUAAAUUGGCAGCGCAAAUUUGGCUCGGGGUUGUAAAAAGUUUAGUGUUUAGUGUUAUAACCAAGACUUACAGUAAUCAUUUUUUUUCCUGCUUUUCAGCUUAAAAUCGAGAUCACGUCGCUUUCAGAGAAAAAGUAGUCUCAAUCUAAAAAAAACACUUCACUACAUUUUGAUGUUUUUAAAAAACGCCGUUGGGUCAGUUGAUAAAUUGUAAAUGUUUUCUAUAAUUCCAAACAGACUUGAUGGUUGAUUACCAAGCUGCACAGCCUGCUCCCACUCAGCAACAUAUAAAUGACUUCUUAACUGCAGUAACCCAACCAGGUGGACCUAUGCAGGCGGCACUCAAUUAUUUAUUAACUCAGCCGGGAUCAUUACCUGCAGGCGUGGUAUGUGUAGACCAGUUCUUGUAAUGAAGAAAUAUGUUAUUUAUGUGUCCUGAAAAUGUUAGUCCUUCAAGAAGAGUUGAACUUUAGAAUAUCUGAUCUUACCGUAGGACGCCCUUCCAACAGAGAAUUCGUUUAUGAACCAAUGGGGUAGGGGACCAAGAGGGGUGGGGUGGGUGGAGACAUUAAGGUGGAGAUCACAUGGUAUUCAGGGAACGGACGGGAUAUCAGUUUUCGCCAACAGAGUAUAAAAGAGGGACGUCAGAAAAUUGAUCGCCAAUUAACCGCCAAGGGGAAGGGGGGGGGGGAAAUCAUAAGAAUAAUAGAGAGCCUUGGGGUGGGGGGGGGGGGAGACAGGGUGAGUGUUAUCAUGAAACAACCAAAUUCCCCCACCCCACCCCCACCCGGGGGCUAAAUAAUGACCGUUUCCUAAAUAAGGUAACUAAACGUGAGGGCUCAUGAGAAGUUGGUGACGAUGACUUGACAUCAUUUUGCAGGGUCACCGUCACUUGCAUUCAAAAGUGUUAGGAACAAUUGAUCAAAUCAACUUUUUUGUUGAGGGUUAGUCCUUUGUUCGCUCCUCUAACUUCAUAGAUUACAUUACAUCCAUAUUCGCUUAACAUGUCCCCUGUUCAAUUGCUGUUCGUUGACCCCCUUUAUCGUUAUGAACUUCACUUUUAGGCAAACUUGCAACAGUUUAGACCUAUUUUGGAAGCAUUAUGGUUCCAAAACAGCAAUGGAUUUAAACAUGUUUUUGUUGGUAAGUACGGAAAAUAAAAAAAUUAAUAAUUUAAAAGAAAGUCUCUCACGGUUUAUUUACUUUGUCUAAAUCUGAAUUACGAAAUCUAAUUCUCUCAAGCCCAUCCUCUGCCGAGCACUUGGAGGAUCGACUGUGCGCGACUUGCCGCUAUUCUACUUAUUGUAAAUGUUCUUCAUAAUAUCAACCACAACGCCUAUCGAGUAUUUUGUGCAGAUUUCACUCUCUUUCAUCACUUUAGAUAUUACAAUUUUACGUGAAUAUGAAAGAGAUCUUCGCAGUAAUGAACGUGAAUAUGUGAAAAUAAGAUCUAAAAAAAAUCAGGCCUGAACAGGAUUUGAAAUGAACAGGGCCGCUAAGUUUAGAAAACUGUAAGAGGUUAUCCGUACAGGCCGUCUUAUUUUCCUCUUUAAAUGCGAAAAUGUCUUUAUGUAUUCAAAUUCAUUCAUAUAUUCAUUCGUUAAUUACAACACGUGAGUUUAUUCUUAUUUCCGUUUCUCUUGUAUAUAUGUAUUAAAAUUUAUUUUUGAGGGCAGUAAGUUAGAAAACUGUAAGAGGUUAUUGCGUCUUCCUCUUUAAAUAAAGUUAUGUAUUCAUUCAUUCAUUCAUUCAUGUACAGAUUCUCCGCCAUGAAAUACCUUGGUAAUAGGGUCUUUUCAAACAGUCCCUGAUCGAACUGAGUUACCCGGCAUGCUAGUGCAUUCUUCAGUAGGUGAAUGCAAAAAAAUAUUCCUGCAGUCAUCACCACCAGAUUCUGUGUUCACGUUUCUGUUUAACAGGCAAUCACAGAAACGUCAACGAUUUCAAUGGAUUUCACAACUGGUACCAGUUCUAUCUUGAACAAGGGAGAAACCCAACUCAGACAACAAAUAUCGCUUUCAACCCGCAACCCGCACAUCUGCCGCCCUUCGUGGGGAAUAGACUGGUUAGUUAUUUCAUUCAGAGUGGAAAUAUCUACUGAAAAAGCUGUGAAGCCAUAACCUCCAUCAAACCUUAAAUUUAAUUUCGAUUCGUACUCUAUCUGUGUUCAUUCAUUCCUUCAUUCAUUCACAUCAGCGUUAAAGGAAGGCGGUGUGGAUACAAGCGUACAGGGUAAAAUUGUCAAUCACACUAUUCUGCUUGAAUGUUCGUGUCAUGUUACUCUAAUCCUUCUCGAUGAAAGAGAUGUUUUUACAAGUGUGCGUGCUAAACGACGAGAAAAAGGCAUUAAGAGAAAAGUGCUUCGAAAUAAUCCGGGCCGAGCAGGCUUUCAGCUAAGCCCGGUUAUAAAUCCUAAGCUCAGCGCUGGCUAAACAAGAUGCCGUAAUGUAAUCUUAGCCUAAAGCACGUGAUAUCGUACGUGUUAUGCAAUUGAAAGUCCGUUAUUCCAUAUUAUUUAUAGAACUGGCGUUGGGCUGCAAACCUCCGUUAGGUUUGCAAUGUUGUUAUUCUAAUUGAAACCAUGAACAUUUUUGUGCCCUUGACAGCCGAUUGCGGAAUUUUAAAUAUAAAGAGGUGAACACUUAGUUUCUCAUUUAGAAUCUUAUUUACAGCCAUUUUUUCUGCGAGGACUAACAUUCACAUGGAGAGGGGCAAACAAAAUACCACCGGGCACCAGCAGCUGCAUGUUCGUUGGAACCAGCCCAGCAUUUGAUUUGGCCAUGUUUACCGCUUGUGUAUUGAGGGGACGUGCACCCGGAGGAGGAGUAAUAGGAGGAAACGGCAAUAGAGAAACACAAUGUGAAUGCAACAUCCACGUACCGGCCGCAGGGUUACCGCAGAGCCUGGUACGAUUUAAGACCGUCGAGAACCCACAUAAUGGAAGGGUUGUCACAGCAUUUCCAAGAAAUGUUCUAUAGAUGAAAGGUUACCGUCUUGUAUUACAGCACAGGAUUUAUCUGGAACAUUAAAACUUUAAUUCAG